CUUUGCUUUAUUUCUCUUAGUUUUGGUAAGAGAAAAUACAUUGUGACAAAGCAACAAGCUAAGCUAAGCUAGUUGUUGGUGGUCGUGCGGGAAUAAAGCUAGCUGUAAUUGCACCCUUGCACUAAUGGACUCAGGGUCAGGGGAGCUUUCUCACAUGGAGAAUGGAGACUCCAAGGCCUUGAUGGGCAAGGAAUUAUGGAAUGGAAGGACAGCCCAAAGCAUGUCGACUUUGCUUAUGCGUAAGAAAUCCGAUCCAAUGCUGGUGUCAAGAGUUCGGUUUCAGAUGCUUAGACAGCUCCUAGCCAAUUUGCAAGAGGUCAUUCUUGGUACUAAGCUUGCUGUGCUCUUCCCUGCCAUCCCUUUAGCCAUUGCUGCUGAUUUCUACAAGUUUGGACGACCUUGGAUAUUUGCUUUGAGUUUGCUUGGUCUCACCCCGCUUGCUGAGCGUGUCAGCUUCCUCACUGAACAAAUUGCAUACUAUACCGGUCCCACAGUUGGAGGGCUCCUGAAUGCAACUUGUGGUAAUGCAACAGAGCUGAUAAUAGCUUUAUUUGCUCUCUACCAAAGCAAAAUACAUGUUCUCAAGUACUCUCUCUUGGGUUCCAUUCUCUCAAACCUCCUCCUUGUUCUUGGCACCUCUCUCCUUUGUGGAGGCCUAGCCAACCUGAAAAAGGAGCAAAGAUAUGAUAGAAAGCAGGCUGAUGUGAACUCUCUGCUGCUGUUACUGGGAUUGCUUUGCCACAUGUUGCCGUUGAUGUUUAGAUACGCGGCAGCGCCAGGCAUUUUCAUUGCUGACUCUACUCUUCAGCUGUCGAGAGCGAGUAGCAUCGUCAUGCUUGUCGCUUAUAUUGGCUAUAUCUUCUUCCAGCUUAAAACUCAUAGGCAGAUUUUCGAGUCUCAAGAGGAAGACGAAGAUGAAGAAAAGGCAGUGAUAGGAUUUUGGAGUGCAUUUAGCUGGUUGGUUGGUAUGACACUCAUCAUCGCUUUGCUAUCUGAGUACGUUGUGGGCACAAUUGAGGCUGCAUCAGAAUCUUGGGGCAUUUCCAUUAGCUUUAUCAGCAUAAUUUUGAUACCCAUUGUGGGGAAUGCUGCUGAACACGCUGGAGCAAUCAUAUUCGCUUUUAAGAACAAGUUGGACAUAUCUCUGGGUGUUGCUUUGGGUUCUGCAACUCAAAUUUCUAUGUUUGCAGUUCCCUUAUGUGUCGUAGUUGGCUGGGUAAUGAGAAUCCAAAUGGAUCUUGAUUUCAGUCUGCUUGAAACUGGUUGUCUAGCCUUAACAAUAAUUGUCGUAGCCUUCACUUUACAGGAUGGAACUUCACAUUACAUGAAAGGAAUAGUUCUUUGCCUUUGUUACACAGCCAUUGCCGCAUGCUUUUUUGUUCAUAAAAUUCCAGCCCCGUUGGAUCAAACUAAUGUCAACGUGGGACUCAAACCAUCAUCUGGAUUCUCAGCCUAGCCAGCAUCGCCUUUUCCGGCGGGGGGCUCUCUAACGGACCCCCAAGUCAAGGACAUUGCAGUCAUCCAUUUUCCCAACCCCAUGACAAAUAUUUUCAUUUCCAUUUUGUUAGAAAGAGGACCUUGGUGGAGAUUUGAGCACUGAGAAAGAGUGUUGCAGCAGCCAUGAAAUGUUUGAGGCCAUUUUCAAGUUAAAUAUGUGAGAAGAAACCCACUUCUCAUUUGAGAAUGUUUGUAGAUAAACUCUGUUCCUGUGAUUUCCAUAAUAAGGUUUUUCUCUCUGAUUUUAAAUUUUUAA